UAGGGAAGAAAGAGAAGGAGAGUGAGGUGGGGGAAGCAUUGUUUUUCCUCGUGGAGCAGCAGUUGAGUGCUAGGCUGUGGCAGGGAGCAGUGUGAAGAACAAGGAGAGAAGAGGAGACCCUCAGAAACCCCCAGGUACCAGAGACGUAGUAGAGUGAUGCGGCCCAGGUCUAGACUGCUGGCUAAGCGAGGCCUCCCAACCAUCCGCGAGGGUUCGGAGGAACUCGUGCAUGACCUGAACCAGACCAACAGCCAGCACAGCAGUGCGCAGGACUACUUCCACUCCAUCUGCCAGCUGGCCCGGCCUACUUUUCCCUUGCACGAGCCAGACCGUGACAUCCUGUCCAUUGGCAGGCUGGACUCUCCAAAGCCAUGUUUGCGCCCGCACCGUUUACGCCAGCUUGCGCAGCUUCCCCUAACCUGCCCCGUUGACACUUCCACAACCCAGUCACCCAAGGUAGAGAUGCCGGGGCCUUCUUCCUCAGAGCCAGAGCAAGCCCAAGGCUCAGAGCAGGACUGCCCAACCUCCACUGACCCUCUGGAGUACCUCUAUGGUUACAGAGAAGCACAAGCUUCAUCUUCCUCCACCAAAAGGGGCAACAUUCCUCUUCGUAGGGCAUGCAGCGUGCCCUGCCCUGGUCUUGAUAUCCAGAGCAAAAGCAGUUGCCCUGAUCUGCGUCUACCAGAGUCCGUCCCUUCUCCUGUCGUGCCACAGCGUUCGCCGAUCAGCAGAAAGAAGCUAGACGGCACCAAGGUCGAUGGCACCCAUUGUGGUUGGAGGGCAAAAAGCAGCCGCAGCAUGGACAAACAAACAAUUGUGUCGCACUGGAUCUCUGAGUGCCGGAGCGCAUGGAGGGAAGCCCGUAUCCGUGCCUGCAUGCUGCCCGCCAUUGCCGAGAAGUAAUCCUGCUCCAUUUCUUGCAAGCUGCAUCUCCACUCGCUGUCUACAAACAUUUAUCAAUAUCACAACUACAUAGACGAAUGAUGUGACUUCACGGUUUCAGGUUUAUUUAAAUACCUAACCAUUUUUAGGUGUAAACUAAUCAAAAGUGACCCUAUAGAUGGUGACGUGUUAAUGCCACACCACAGUGUAAAGUAACACUAAAUAAUUGUCAGUGAUAAAACUGGUCAAUGUCAGUCCAGUCAUGUCCAGUUGUGAUCAAUAUCUGUGUUGGUUGUUGGACGAUUUUAACAUUGUUUGGUGAUUUGAAAAAAAAAAACAUAUUAAAACUGCAGUACUAAAAUAGAAUGGUCUGUAUUUACAUUUUAGAUGGUAGAAAAUGAUCCAAUGUCAGGACAAUGCACAAACAGAUAUCACUGUGUGUUUAUUAUAAGAUUUAUUUGCAUUUUUUUUUAGUACAGUCCUGUUUGUGCAAGUCAUAUAUAUGGCAGCUAAGGCAAAACAGAUCAUUAAAAGCAAUUCUGACAAAGACAUCCCAUGAUAUUUCAGAGAAAUUCAAGACAACAAAUUUAUUCCGACCCAUGGCUACAGGAAACUAAUAUAAUAUAAAAUGCUGUUUUUAUACCCGCCUGGAAGAACCAUACAUAUCAGAAAGACAAUCUCUGGGUGUAUAUAUUUAUGAAUGAUGGUAUUCCCAAAGAGAUCCGGUUUUGCCGAGUUUGCUUGGCAAAAAAAAAAAAAAAUCCAACUGCUGAAUGAAUAAAAACAACCAAAUGAAAGGGGUUAUAAUUUAAUUUAACACUAACCCAAAGCUUGUGGUAUCACACAAGCAAUAACUCGCUGCCAUCUGCUGCCUCCACAGAUGUUUGUGAACAUCUGUAAUUGGCCCAUGUUGAAAUUUGUCAAUUUUAAGUCAGUCAGUCCCUAUUCAUUCUGACGUCAUGAUCACAACAGAUAUCGUUUCUAUGCCCUUAAAGGAUAUAACAUCAUUUAUUUCUGCCCAAAAUCUAUCUAUGUCCCAUAAACAUUAGGCAAAGAUGGCUUUUUCAUAUCAUUUCAAUGUCUUUGCACUCACUGAGAUGGAUGUACUGGAGACCGAUAUGUUAAACCAAAAUUAAAGGUAGACUGCCUUUCAGAUUUUUCAAGUGUAAAAAAUUUUCAAAAGAAUUUUCCUUGACACUCAGUCAUUUUUGUUUAGUGGACCAAAAACUACUGAAUAUGAAUCAGAUUUCAAAUUUUAUUCUUUUUUUUUUAAAGAGAACAAUUAAUGAAUUUAGGGCCAUGUGACCCUAAAUUCUCUGCUAUUUUUUCCUGCUUCACCAUGACCCAAUUCAAGAUACUACAUCACGCAUCAUGUGGUGGGCUUUCCCCGUUCACACAAGGCAUUGUGGGAUACACAUUUGCAACAGGAGAGAAAAAUGGAGGACGUGAGUGUGCGAAUGAAACAUGAAAGACCGACUACAGUAACGGAAAGAAAGCGAGAAGAAAAGACGUUAUGUUAUAUACGAAGGAAAGGAAACGCAGGAAAUAUCAAACUAAUAAAUAUCGGCGGUCAGCGAGCACCUCGGUGUGAUCAGCUGUUCGUUUAGCGACAGAAUGAUGGAACUGUCAGUGCACGUUCAAAGGGAAACCUGUAGAUGGCAGUAAUGCAACACUGUGGAUGCCAGCUGCCGUAAAACGCAAAAGAAGAAGAAGAAGAAGGUAAACCUGCGCAUGCGCACACGGACUUCCUCUGUCUGCUUGACUGCACGAAGCGAGCGAUUUCAUGCACAUUAUUUGCUUUAAUCCCCUCAAAUUAAAUAACUUCCCAGCCACAGAAUGGCCUGUUAUUUUAUGAGAUAUUACAGAAAUAAACAAUCACAGUGACCACAUUUCAGAGGGAAGUAAAUUUCACCGAUUUUAUGAAAUCGAAAGGCCAUCUAGCUUUACUUAGAAAGUAUACCAUACUUUUAUAAAUUGUACCCUUGCACUUCAAAGCCCAUUUCAAAUCAGAAGCAUUUAUGUCAAGAAAAGCCAAUGAAGCGCUGUACUGUUAUCCUUAUAUGACUGUUCUUACUCACAGACCCUUGGAAAAAAAAAAAAAAGAUUCCAGCACUGAUUUGGCAUUUCCAGUGUUUGCAGGUAAUUUAACUGUUAAAUGAUGAACCAUAGAAGAAAUUGCUGCAUGGAUUUUGUAAAUGAUUUUCUAUUUAUGCUUUGUUGAAAUGUUGUAAAUUAUUAUUAU